GAAAUGUCAAAGUGCCGGAAGUAUAUUUUAAAUGUUUUUACCCUAAUUUUGGUGAAUGAAAGACAUUUAAUAAAAAAUUUCGAAAUGAGUUCUACUAGCAAUACUUUUGAAAGAAUUCAAAACGAAAUCAGAGAAAACUUAGAACGUGAAAAAGAAUUGAAAACUGGACAUACCAGCUUAAAUGGGGUUAGUUAUUCACAGGGAGAUAUUUCAGCAACUGCAACUAACGGCACUUUACCAAAAACCAAUGGGUUUACUAGAAGAUUCAUUCCAAAUACCAAUGCCAGAGGUGUAAUGCAAAAAUUUUUUAAAAGCAGAGGUAAAUUUAAUAAUUCAACUAUAAAUGCUGUAGAUCUACAAAAUUCUUUUGAACCUGCAAAAAUUACUAUUAAAAAAGGUGAAAACCUUAGAAAUGGCUAUGUGUCUGCGGAAGAAAAAAUAGUUAAAGAAUUAUUAGAUUUCCAAAAACGUGAAACAGAAUUAAGAGAGGAACGUAGAAAGUCUCAGCCAGAUUUAAUGAGAGCUUUAGAGCUAGAAGAAAAUCAAAUGAAAAAUGGCAAUAGUAAUAGUAGUAUUUUGAAAUCAGCCAAAUCUUUGUCUAAUUUAUAUCAAAUAAGCAAUACUACAAAAAGUGUGAAUGAGUCCAAUUAAAAUAUACUUUCCUUGCAGUAUUGUGAUCUCUAGGCUAAGAGCAACAUUUAGGUAGCAUCCGUCCAUGGAAAACGAAUUUUAUAUCAGCUAUUUUUUUAUUUCUUCCAAAGUGGUUAGUUAAGUGUUAAAUUUAAUAUCAGUUCAAUGCAAAACCAAAUCUGCUAUAUGUGUUUAAUUUUACAUAAUGCAUUGUAUUUAUUUUAUUUAUUUAUAGAAUUUUAAGUUUAGUUAGGAGAUUAUAUUUUCUUCAGUGAGCUUUCAUUGCUGGCACGCGGUUGCGUGAAAUUUUUUCUCGACUAUUUAAUGAUCUCGAUGAUAUUCAGUUACUAUUUUUUGAUAGAUAUAUUUAAUUAUCGUUGAACCUAUAAAAUCGUAAACCAAGUCAAUCAGCAUAAACACAAUUAGGCUCUGUUAUAUGGAUUUCACUUGCAAAAUUCUUGGUGUCGAUGUCUGUUUGGAUAAAAAAAUGAAUCGACUCUUAUUGUUUUUAUUAUACACGCAACUUGCAAUUGAGUAUCACUGAAUUUAUGGUAGUAUUUAGUUAAAAAUGAUUUAAAGUUGGUUUUUAUAUAUGAAAAAGUAGGCAGUCUUAAUAUUUUAUUAAUAAUCAUUGUGUCAAAAAGAAACUACGUUAUCAAUUUAUUAACUAAAUUUAUAUUUAUUACAAAUAAAAUAAGCCUGAGGUAUUAAAGACAAAAACCUAUGUUUUUUUUUAUUUUUGUAUAAUUGAAUGAUAUAGAUGCAAAAUUCACAUUCUCCACGUUUCUCAACUAUUUGAAAAAUGAGAAAAACUAUUUACUAUUGAAGGUCAUGGUAUAAUGCUUCAACUUUUUUGUGUAAUAACUUCGUUGUAAUAGAAACUGUUUGCCUAAACUUUAUGGGGGUAUUUAGUGAACAUUGUUUUGUAAAUUUUAUUUAAAAUUCAGACAAUGUGAGUUUUGUACCAAAAUUUGGUUAACUGUGAGUUUUGCACCAAAAUCUCAUGGAUAAUGUUAGUUAUGAUGCAAAAUAUUUAAACUUUGCUUUAUUUAUAUUUUAACCUUAAAUUAAAAACUAAAACCAAAAAAAGAUGAUUUAUAUUGUUGAUUUUUGUGGGUUAGAAAUAAAAACAAUAGAUAAAUUAUUUUAUUUCAAUUAUAAUUUUACCAAAUCAUUAAAUUUAGUUUACAGUGUUAUGAUGUUUUACUCUUCAAAACUAAUUGUUAUUUGUUUUGUAAAUCAGACUUGCUUUGAUUGUUUUACACUGAUUAGAAUAACGUAUUUUUAAACAUUAAGAAUGUUGACUUCUUCGAUAUGUUCACAAACUGACUCGGGUUCUACAUUCUUAUCAGCCCCAUCGAUGACAUUUUUGUAGAAGAGUAAAUUCUCAUUGUCCCUCCACUGGUCCCCAUAAUGCUUCUUCAACAAGUUGUUGACGUCAACUUUCUUCACUGGUUUCGUCGAGUUUGACGAAGGAAUCAAGUUUGGGUUCAUGUUGAAAAGCAGUUUUCCUGGCUUGGUUAAAGACUUUGCCACGCCCAAGUACCCAGGUGCAUGUUUAGAAAGUCAGAAACAAGCCAUGGCCACGACUAUUGAAUUUUUGUUCUGGACCCCACAUUCAUCACUCACUAAUCGCACAGUAGUAAUAGGCCUUUUCAUUUCUGUUGUUUCAAAAAGUGUAUCAAAGAAGUGUAUCAAAAACAAACGAAGCAAUUUCAUUAGAUCCUUUUUUAAACUUGAUUUUUGUCCAAAUAUAGGAUGUCACAUUAUCUGGAGUCAGUUUACUUUUAGAAUUGUCUUUGACCACAGUGAAAUUGUAAAGGUAGAUUUGCCUACUAUAAUAAGUGGCUUGAUCUGGUAAUUUGGGCAACGGUAGGUUUUUUUGACAAUCAAAACAGAAAAUCAAAAUUUUUGGGUCAGUGCAUUUUACUGAUUCAAAAAAAGCCUUAGCACCUAAUUUAUGAACACGUUUUUCAGUCAUGAGCUCUUCUUUUUCGUUGCCUUGCUGUUCGUGUUUUAAUCGUUCAUCUAACUGCAGACAAGUAGAGCAAACGUCUACCCCAGGGGACCCGAAGCCAUGAUUGUACUUCGUGUUGAAAAUUGACCUAAAGUACUAGUGUUACUUUCAAAUCACUCUGAUCUUCUGUGAGUGAACUGAUAUACAUUUUCCACAUUUUUCUAAUAUUUAAAUCAGCAGAAAGAUAUUUUCUGCUCGUAUGUUUGGCAUCGUAAUGAGGCUCUGGACAUUUGAAUCUAUUUAUAAAAUUCAUUACAUGCGUUUUCUUAUGAAAACUUUUAGUAGAAACCCUGUCACCUCCUCUGAUUUCUUUACUAAGCUGACCGGUUUCUCUGAAACGCUUCAAAAUACCAUUUACCCGAGAUCGUGAAACCUGAAGUACACCUAUGAACGUGUUAAGGCACACAGGCAUCAUGGAUUUAUCUUUUAAGCAUAUAAAAUAUUUGGUCCUCAUAGGUCGUUUUUUGUACCGUCCAGAAGUUGGUCGUCUUCUUUUAACUUCUAAUGAUGAGGAAAACUUCAGAAAUAAAAUUAUCUUGGUAAACCUUAUCUUUUUGAGAGUAGAAGUUUUGAUGGAAACGUCUAAUGUCUUGGAAAGGAACGGUAGCGCAUUGAAAUUGUCUUCCUCCAUGGUUACAAGAUUCGCAGAGUACUUAUACAAGAAAAUUAUUAUUAACUUUCUAUUCUUUCACAGUUAAUGAGCUAACAAUAUUUUUCUUGGUUCGAAAUGUAGUGAAAAUUACUUAAAAACAACUUUGAUAAGGCUAAUCUACUAAUAUUUUAGACUAAUAUCAAUUAACCUUGCUACUUUAGAUUUGUUUCGUUUCCACUGCUAUGAACUUAUUUUCUUUUUCCUUGUUUGACCAUUUGAGGGCUCUCGUAUUAUUUAAACCACAAUCAUAAAAGCGUUAAUAAACCUUAACAAGCACAUGUAAAUACCACAAGUGAGGAGAGGUUAAAAAAACCGUUGACAAAACAUCACCAGAGUGACGAAAAUCACGUGAUAUGCCCUACGCAGUCUGAUUGGUCGAAUUGGAGAAUGUUAAUUUUGCUGCAAAUCAUGUGUUGGAUAAUGUGACUUAUGUUUCAGAACUUCAUUUUCAAUAUGGUUUUUCGAUAUUGAAAUGUGAGUUUUGGUUCAAGAUAUCAUUACGGUUCGAUUCGCCUUUAAAAGACGAAUUUAUUGAUAUACAUAACUGAAAAUUUGGAGAUGUGAAUUUUGUAUCUACACUGUCAUUAUAUACCUAUUAAGGAAUAGCCUUAAUGUAAAAGUAUUAUAAACUGUUAAAGCAGGGAAUAUAUGUAUCUCAUUCAACCCGUUGUCACCUUUUUUUCUGUUUAACUUCUCUUUGAUGGCCAAGUACAACCAGUAUCUUUUCAUAUGAACGGAAUAGGUAUAUGAAGUUAUAAAAAAUCCCGUCUAUUCUGUAUUCUCUCUAAAACUCUGAAAAACAUCGUGGGUUGUAUGCAAUAGUGGCACAACACAAAAAAUUUUUCAAAUCAGGGGUUUAAAGUUUGUGUGCCAAUAAUUUUGUCUUAUUUGUUUUACUAUGUAGAUUGGGAUUUUUGAAAAAAAAAAAUUGGUUUAUUUGCGAGUGCGUUAGGUAGCCAUUAAUGAAUUGUAACACAGACUUUUAAUUCAAUCCUUAUUUUGAGUGGUGCCACUAUUGCAUAUCAACAUUUUGUCUUUCAAGACUAAUUAGGGCAAAUUUUUGGUUUAACAAUCGUUUAAUUUUUGUAUUUGUGUAAAUUAUGUAACUUAAUGUAUAAAAACCAACAUAACAGAGUAAUUGUUACGAAAUAUGUCAAAAAAACGAAAUUCUAAUAAAAGAAUUCAUGUGAAGUGAACAUUGGCACUAUUAACCUUAUUUACAAAAUUUAUUUAUAGAAAAUAUGUAGCAAUAUAAAAUAUUAUUUAUU